AUGCCCAGAGGAGCGCAAGCUAUGCUGGAAAAGCAAGCAGACUCUGUGUGGAACCAGCUGUAUGAGAUAUGCUGGAACUUCUACGUGAAGAACGUUUGGGAUAUUAACACAUUUAAAGCGAUAGUGGACAAAAUAGAGAAAAGUGAUGACAAACAGCUAAUACGGUUUUUGAUUUGGUUUAAUGAUGCUCGUAAAAGAUCUAAUUUCAAUGACAAGUUCCAAUGGAUGACGUCUUUUUUGUAUGGUAGGCGUUAUCCGCCAUUGGGCGAUGAUCUAGUGGUCAAAGAACCCUGGAAUGAUUUGCAACAAUUAGACAGUAUUAUAAAGUACGGGAAUGAACCAAUUGACUUGGUCAAAAUGCAGCCAGAUUUUACUACGGAGGAACGUAUUGUACAGAAUAGGCGGGUCAACAACUGUUCUUUAAUAUGUAGUUUGACCAAUGCUAGAGAGGAAAAUCAGAUAAAGAGUUAUAGCGUCCAUAACGUUUUCAACGUGAUUCUUCAUUUCAAUGGGUCAAAUCGACUAGUGUCAGUAUUACGAGAUUCAAAUUUUCCAAAAUGCUCUAAAGACGGGGCUGCCUUGACUCUCUUCUCCCAUAAUAUAGAAGAUAUGUUGAUUGAGCUUGCAUAUUUCGAAAUCAAGAAUAAUCGGAACUACGCGUAUGGGGGAUCCAAUACAGCUACUGAUACUUAUUUGCUCACAGGAUGGAUACCAGAGAUUCUCAACCUAGGAGACGUAUCAUUUAGUGAAAUACGUAAAUGUUACCAAUUCAAUGCCAUGCUUGCUUUAGGAACAGAUUCAGUGAAGGGAAAAGAGGUAACAGAAAAUCAUGAUUUUGUUGUGACUUCUGUCAAUUGGAAGAAGGAACAAUUUACCAUCCUAAAUCCUCACGGUACUGAAAACCCCACUGUGUAUACUUGGGACGACCUAAUAAAAGAAUUCAAAUGGUUAUAUGUAAAUUGGGAUCCAUAUUCAAAGUACACUCAACGUGUAAAACUACAUGAUCGAUAUCCAGAUAAAUUUAAUGCAUAUCCUACCUGGACUCAAAAACCUUUGAUGUGCAUUGAGAACAAAUCAAACAGCAUUCAAAAUUGUCAUCUUUAUCUAGAAAGACACCUACUAGAUGAUUCUAUUCUCGAAUCCAACCUGACAAUUGGUGAAAUUCCAAGGUCUGGGUUUACAGCUGUCUCAGCGGAGGGGAAUAAUAGUGGAUUCUGUAAUAUGCAACUGCGGCUAAACCCCCAUGAAACACGUCUAAUCUUUUAUCAUUCAGACAAAAAGUGCAAUUUGACUUUCCAUUUACUAUCUAAUUCUGGUUUGGUUUCAAUGUCAAAAUGUAAAUCAGAUAUAUUAACUGCUGAGUCUAGCUGGAAUAUCACAAAUAAUCAGUGGACUAUUGGUACUUCUGAAUAUUUCAAAAGUCCUGUUUUCAAACUAAAAAGUGAUGGUUUCGAUGAUACUUAUCUAGAUUUUGAGCUAGUCUCGCAGUUACCAGCGAAGGUGAAUUUUCAAAUAUUUGAGUCCGAUGAUUAUGCCCUACAACGUCCGAUCUUUAAGAAUGACACAUACUCCCCACAAAUUUUUUCCAAGCAUGGAGUAAGGUUAUUAAAAGGGAGAGAAUACUUUAUAGUAUGCUCCAUCGCUCAUCAUAUUACCUCUCCGUUCAUAUUUACGCUGCGAAACCCUGAAACAAAGCAGUCAAAAUUUGAACUAUCUCCAUAUUCGUUAGGAUUUGGGGGAUUAAGAUAUAAUGAGGUUUUGCGGUGCAAAACGAGAAUCACAAUAUCAGUUUCAAAUUUCACGCGGUUAUUUGUUCUGCUGUUCACGUCAGCUUCGAAAACAAAUGGAAGACUCACGUUACGUUUGUACGAGAAAGAAACAGAGGAAAUCCUCUUUGAACAAAUAGAAACAAGGUAUGAUCUUAGUGUUAAACCAUUCCCGAUACCGAAUAUUGAACUUAAGCCAGCAUCGUACGUGUUAGAAAUAUUCUACAAUGCAGAUGUUGUGAUCUGUAAUCUCGGAACUUCUCACCGAGCUAUAUUCGAAUCGGAUCUAUAA